CUGCAAGUUGUCAUUAACGCCUACCACACAAGUAUGUUAGGGUUCCACCAAAGUCCUCGAUAUUCCCGAACACGUGCAAUACCUUAACCCUUCACAUUUGGUUUUGGAGUCUGGUUUGAAGUCUAGCCUUCUUUUUUUUUUCUUUGAAUAUACAGAACUACCUACAUACAGACAUAUAUGUAUAUGUAUAUAUAAACUGGACUCAGAUCACAGAUAAGCAAACACUGCUUUAUUUACCAAGAAGAUUGCAAAGAAUUUAGAGAUGUAUUUGUCAAGAUUCCUGUCAAUUCAUGCCCUUUGGGUUACAGUAUCCUCGGUGAUGCAGCCCUUCCCCUUGGUGUGGGGACAUUAUGAUGUGUGUAAGACUCAAAUUUACACAGAUGAAGGGAAAGUUUGGGAUUACAUGGCAUGUCAGCCGGAAUCCAUGGACAUGACCAAAUAUCUGAAAGUGAAACUGGAUCCUCCGGAUAUUACCUGUGGAGACCCUCCUGAGACGUUCUGUGCAAUGGGCAACCCCUACAUGUGCAAUAAUGAGUGUGAUGCAAGUACCCCUGAACUGGCACAUCCCCCUGAGCUGAUGUUUGAUUUUGAAGGAAGACAUCCCUCCACAUUUUGGCAGUCUGCUACUUGGAAGGAGUAUCCAAAGCCUCUCCAGGUUAACAUCACUCUGUCCUGGAGCAAAACCAUUGAGCUCACAGACAACAUAAUUAUUACCUUUGAAUCUGGACGCCCAGACCAAAUGAUCCUGGAGAAAUCUCUCGACUAUGGACGAACAUGGCAACCCUAUCAGUAUUAUGCCACAGACUGCUUAGAUGCUUUUCACAUGGAUCCUAAAUCCGUGAAGGAUUUAUCACAGCACACGGUCUUAGAAAUUAUUUGCACAGAAGAGUACUCCACGGGGUAUAUGACAAAUAGCAAAAUAAUCAGUUUUGAAAUCAAAGACAGGUUCGCGUUUUUUGCUGGACCUCGGCUACGCAAUAUGGCUUCCCUUUAUGGACAGCUGGAUACAACCAAGAAACUCAGAGAUUUCUUUACAAUCACAGACCUGAGGAUAAGGCUUUUGAGACCAGCCACCGGGGAAAUAUUUGUAGAUGAGCAACACCUGGCACGCUACUUUUAUGCCAUCUCAGACGUAAAGGUACAAGGAAGGUGCAAGUGUAACCUCCAUGCCACUGUAUGUGUGUAUGACAACAGCAAAUUGACAUGUGAAUGUGAGCACAACACUACAGGUCCAGACUGUGGGAAGUGCAAGAAGAAUUAUCAGGGCCGGCCUUGGAGUCCAGGCUCGUAUCUCCCAAUCCCCAAAGGCACUGCAAAUACCUGUAUCCCCAGUAUUUCCAGUAUUGGUACGAAUGUCUGCGACAACGAGCUCUUGCACUGCCAGAACGGAGGGACGUGCCACAACAACGUGCGCUGCCAGUGCCCCGAGGCCUACACAGGCAUCCUCUGCGAGAAGCUGCGCUGCGAGGAGGCAGGAAGCUGUGGCAUCGACUCAGGCCAGGGUGCGCCCCGGCAGGGCUGCCCGGCGCUGCUGCUGCUGCUACUGCUGGCCGCUCUGCUGGGGACAGCCAGCUUCCUGGCCAUCUAGGCAUCUCAUCCCGCCAGCGGACGGGCCUGUGCUGUGGGGAGAAGCAAACACAACCCAAGCUUUUGCUACUAACAUAGGAAAUACACACCCACACGACCCCCCCUCCCCCACUCCAACACAGUGUACAAACUACGAAGGCCUGACUGAACUAAGCCAUAUCUAUCAACCGUGGACAGCACAUCCGAGUCAAGACUGUUAAUUUCUGACUCCAGAGGAGUUGGCAGCUGUUGAUAUUAUCACUACAAAUCAUAUUGCCAGCUGCAGAGCUUAUUGUGGAUUGGAAAGGCUGUGACAGCCCCCACCCCAAACACGAAUGACAAAAACAAACAAAUCAACCAAUCAACAAACAUUGGCUACUCUAAUGUGGUGCGCCCGCAGUACCACUCUACCCAGUGUGUGGACCAACGAAACAGAAGCAUUCUUUGCUGUCAGUGCAUUGUGGGUAUAAGGAAAUCUGUUACGAGCUGCCAUAUUGGCCUGCUUCAGUCCCUGAAUCCCUUCCAACCUGUGCUUUAGUGAACGUUGCUCUGUAACCCUUGUUGGUUCAAAGAGUUCUUUGUCUGAUGUUAGUGAUGCACAUGUGUAACAGCCCCCUCCAAAAAGCUCAAGCCAGUCAUACCCCUGUAUAUCUUAGCAGCACUGAGACACCCCAGUGCAAGCACACACCCACUGUACAAGAGUGGCUCUAGAAAAAACAAAUGAAAGUGUAUCUAUCCUUUUGUAUUCAAAUGAAGUUAUUUUUCUUGAAAUACUGUAAUAUGUAGAUUUUUUGUAUUAUUGCCAAUUUGUGUUACCAGACAAUCUGUUAAUGUAUCUAAUUCCAAUCAGCAAAGACUGACAUUUUAUUUUGUCUUCUUCCAUUCUGUUUUCGUUUCAUUGUGCAGAGAUUUCUCUGUAUGGGCAACGUGCUGGCAUCAAAGAAUAUCAGUUUACAUAUAUAACAAGUGUAAUAAGAUUCCACCAAAGGACAUUCUAAAUGUUUUCUUGUUGCUUUAACACUGGAAGAUUUAAAGAAUAAAAAUUCCCGCAUUAAUGAUUUCAGGAAUUUGUAUUGCAAUUUCUUAAGAUGAAAGGAGCAGCCGCCAAGCAGUUUUACACUCACUUUACUGAUUUCUGUGUGGACUGAAUACAUUCAGCUGAUGAAUUUAGUACCCAGGAAGAUGGAUUGAUGUUCACUAGCUUGGACAACUUCUGCAAAAUAUGAGACUAUUUCCACUUGGGAAAAAUUAUAACAGCAAAAAAAAAAAAAAAAAAAAAA